AUGACUUCUGCGUCCAAAGGGCAGCCUCCCGCAGACCCGCCUGCCGACCUUGCGACAAGAUUCAAUAAUCACAAACGCACCCGCGAAACGGAAAGGAGAAAGUGCCCCCUCUGCCCAGAUAAAUUCCCGUCAACUUCCACCAGAGAAGACGUAGUGCGGCACUUCUCCGAGCGCGGGCAUACCGUAACAGACGGACAACAAAACAAUUUAGUUGAGAAAACAUGGCUACGCUUAAGAACCUUCGAUACGGACACAGCCGCACCGUCGAAUUCUCGGCACCAAACUUCCCCGAAUCCACCGACCGCCGACCAACCGCCGGGCGAUACGAAACCCGAGCCUACAGACAAGGCUGAUUUGAGUACGGAGCCUUUGAAUCCAACCCAUGAUACGGACCGAGGGCCAAAAAGUGUAUUGCCCGACAAGAAUAAGAGAUAUGCCAACGAAAACAAGCAAACGGGUCGGAAGCGGAGCCGCGCCCGUCACAAUAUCCAGACAGCCAGUGACAGCGAUUUCCACAGAGAUUCGGCGCACACGGGGGGGAAGCUAUGGACACCAGAGGAUGGAGGCCCUCCUCCGCGACGGGCUGACCAGGGCCGGCAAAGGGAUCGAGACACCGAUGACGCUCCGAGGCCCGCGUCCGGCCGCACAUUCGAGCCCCCCCGCAAUGCCGACUUUGACAAUACUGAGGUCAUGAUAAAGCAACCGGAGACCCGUCCAAUUAGCCAAGAGCAGCUCGUCGCCGAGGUUAAAGGGAUAUACGCCGGGCUCGUAAUGGUUGAGAGCAAAUGUAUUGAGGUGGACAACGCACAAAGUUCAAAUAACGAAUCGAAACCCAAGCUCAACAACGAACAGUGGCAAGCCCUCAUUGCACUACACCGGACGCUGUUACAUGAGCAUCACGACUUCUUUUUGGCCUCUCAGCACCCCUCUGCCAGCCCGGCAUUGCGUCGGCUUGCCAGCAAAUAUGCCAUGCCAGCACGCAUGUGGAGGCACGGAAUUCACUCCUUCUUGGAACUAUUGCGCCACCGUCUACCUGCUUCGCUUGAGCACAUGCUUACAUUCAUUUACUUGGCGUAUUCAAUGAUGGCCUUGUUAUAUGAGACGGUGCCAACUUUUGAGGACACCUGGAUUGAAUGCCUUGGUGAUCUGGGAAGAUACCGAAUGGCCAUCGAAGACGACGACCUCAAGGAUCGCGAGGUCUGGUCAUCUGUUUCACGUCAUUGGUAUUCCAAGGCCAGUGACAAGGCCCCCCAAACCGGCCGCCUCUAUCACCAUCUCGCCAUUUUAGCCCGCCCCAACGCUCUUCAGCAGCUUUUUUACUACUCAAAGUCUCUUUGUGUCCCGAUCCCCUUCUUAUCCGCGCGAGAGUCCAUCAUGACUCUGUUUGACCCUCACUUCAAUGGCACUGCGCCGCGGGUGCCGGAGAUUGAUGCGGCGUUCGUCCGCGCAAACGCUAUCUUGUUCAGCGGAAAGCACACUGACCAGUUCGUGUCAUCCACCGACGAAUUCAUCGACUGCUUGGACAACCACAUCGCGCGUAACACUCGACGCUGGUUGGACAGUGGUUACUACAUUUCCAUCGCGUUAGGUUGCGCCCUUCUCGAAUAUGGCAGCGAGAGCAACCCCAUCAUGAGAGCCAUCAAGUCAGGCCGUGCAGACGACACAGACGUCCAGAUGAACGAGACCGGAACCAACACUGCUCCAACACAGAAGUUCCUAGACGCCCUUGAUUUUGCGGUUCGCACUCACAACGUGGUUUUCAGACGCUUUGGCGACGCAAACAUCAACCCCUACCUGCACGUCACACUAUCGUUCCUCUAUCACAUGUCUCAGUUCCCUGCUGCAAUGGAACACAUCGAGGAGAAGAUCCCUUGGAAGCUCAUAUCCUUAUUGCUAAACACCCUCGUGCCCAAAUGCUCGUCCAUUGAAACCAUUGAAUCAGAGGACUUUCCCCGGCCAGCCAAGGAUGCUCCUCGUCCUCUACCGGAUGAUUUCGCGCAGCGAGGCCUCCUGUGGGUUGACAACUACUACCCCAGUGACUGGUUUACGGCCGGGAAGGUGGACGACGACGAAAAGUAUUUCGAAGUCGCCUCAAUGGAGGAUGAGCGUCAAGGCCGUUGCGUAUGGCUGGGUCGCCGACUUGCCACCUCAGGCAAGUGGUUGACGUACACGGCCGAGGGACAUUUUGGGGUUCCGUCGCAGUACGAUAUCGAAAUUCCUGGCCUGAGUAGCGAUGACGCCUCCUCAUCGAAGGGAGACGACGACGGCGAUGUUCGCAUUCCAGAUGCUCCAGCAGCAAGUGCGUAA